AUGAACACAAAGCUCUUUUUGUUGGCUUUAUUUCCUGUCAUUGUGCGCUUGAGUUUCACAUUGCAAAAGCAUCUAGGACGGCAUGCAUUUUGUCAUGGAGUUAUUUAUUUCUUUCACAGAGGGAAUUUAAGAGUUCGAAAUGAUUCAUUCGACGAAUCUUCACUUAAGUUAACUGGUAAAAGUCGGAAUUUUGUUUUGAUCAUGAAUGCUUACGCUUUGAAGUCUUUUCAUAUUUAUUGA